CAAACAACACAUGAUGCGAUGACCAUGGCGCAGCCUCUUGAUGUCAGUCGCUAUCGCAGCGAGCGACACAUUCCGUGGGCGCCUCUGAGCGCGGAGGAAAUCGAGGCUCGGCGACUCGUGCAGAUCAACGCCGAGACCGUUACACAUACCGCAGCAAGCGAUUUUCCUGGCCAUUACGGACCCGAACAGGACGACAGCUGGGUUGUUGAGCGAUUCAGACAGGGCCUGAAGGUCGACUUUCACCACAACAAGCCUCAUGAUGCCGCUUUCUCUCUGGUUGGAAUCGACGCCAGCAUCGCCAACGCCUUCCGCCGCAUUCUCAUCGCUGAGAUCCCCACUCUCGCAAUCGAGGAUGUCUUCUUUCUGGACAACACGAGCGUGAUCCAAGAUGAAGUGCUCGCUCAUCGCCUUGGAUUGAUUCCCCUCACUGGCGGACGGGAAGGACUCGACUGGCUGCACUGGUUCCAUCGAGCUCCAUCCAAAGAUGCCUUUACUAUGCAGACUGCUUCAGACGGGGAUGAGACUACACCCGUCAGCACCCACAACGACUACAACACCAUCGUCAUGACACUCGACAUCGAAUGCCGCUGGGCGACAGUGGAAAAGGACGGCUGGGAUGGCAAAAAGAAGGCCGCAGAAGGCGACGUGGCCCCAGAGGAGAAAUACAUCAAGUCCAACGUUUACGCCUCCGACCUCGUCUUCCACCCCCAAGGCAAGCAAUCCGAGUACUUCUCGGGAGAAAACGCCAUCCGCCCCGUCAAUCCCGAAAUCUUGAUCGCGAAACUCCGACCAGGCCACCGGAUCCAUCUGCGCUGCCACUGUAUCAAGGGCGUCGGCUCCGACCACGCCAAAUUCUCUCCGGUCGCUACAGCGUCCUAUCGCCUCCUCCCUCAAAUCACAAUCACACAGCCCAUUCUCGGAGCCGACGCGAAGAAAUUCGCACGCUGUUUCCCGCGCGGCGUCAUCGGUUACGAGCCGGACGCCGCGACGGGCGAGCAGAAAGCUGUCGUGAAGAACCCGAUGAAAGACACCGUGAGCAGGGAGUGUCUCCGACACGACGAGUUCAAGGGGAAAGUGAAGCUGGGCCGGGUACGGGAUCACUUUAUCUUCUCGGUGGAGAGCACGGGGCAAUUCGAGAGCGACGAGCUGUUUCUGGAUGCUGUGCGGCUGCUCAGGGCGAAAGCGGAGAGGUUCAAGCGGCAUUUGACUGAGCUGGAGGAGGGUCGGUAGCGGUCGGCUCGGGCUGUUCUAAGUGCAUAGCGUCGGCGUUUGGAAGGACUAGUGAGAGGAUAGAUUGGGGUUUUUGUGGUAUUGACU